AGGAGGGCACCAAGUGCAAAUAACAAACAAUCUUGAAGCCCUAGGAGCCGUUUCCUCCUCCUCCCCAUUUUCUCGCCUUUCCAUAUAAAAAACACAGACACAGUACAAUCGCCACGAAUCAUCCUAUUCAUUUCCUCUCUCUGUAGAAUUCUUAAAACGGAACCAUUCAAUUUCUCUAAAAUCACUCCAUUCUCUCGUUUUCUCCUCAGAUCCGUACCAUUCUGACCCUCGAUUAUACAUGUCCUCCCAACGGAAACCCCACCUCUUCACUCCCUCACUGAACCAGUGAUACCCUCCUUUUCCUCUCUAAUUUACUAUUUCACCCCGUCAGAUAACCCUGGGUUUUCUUUUCUCCCUCCACACUGUAUAAAAUUUCAACUUCCAACUUACAGAAGAAACCUCCAGUCUUUAAUUCUUCGAACCAAAACGUUUCCGUUUGAAUCUCAUUGAUCCUUGUAAGUAUUUUUUUUCCAACCGUCGCAACCUUGAAACCCUAGGCUCAGAUCGUUCUUGUUUUCUAGUUUUCUGUACAAAUUUUGGAAUUUGAAUCGGUGAUUUAGUUUCCUAGUUAGGGUUAGGCUUCUAUUUUGUGAUGAACAACAACAAUAGAGGAAGAUAUCCGCCGGGGAUCGGUGCCGGUAGAGGCGGAGGUAUGAACGCGAACCCUAAUUUUCAAUCAAGGGUUCCGCAACAGCAGUAUGUGCAGAGAAAUUUCGGUCAAAAUCAUCACCAACAACAAUACUAUCAGCAUCAACAGCAUCACAAUCAGCAGCAGCAGCAGCAGCAGCAGCAGCAGCAGCAGCAGCAGCAGCAGUGGUUGAGGAGGAAUCAGUUAACUGCUGCGGAUUCGAGUUUUGAUGAGGUCGAGAAGACUGUUCAGUCUGAGGCUGUUGACUCGAGUUCACAAGAUUGGAAGGCAAAGCUAAAGAUACCACCAGCAGAUACGCGAUACAGAACUGAGGAUGUGACAGCCACUAAGGGGAAUGAUUUCGAGGACUAUUUUCUGAAGCGUGAGUUGCUUAUGGGAAUAUACGAGAAGGGUUUUGAAAGACCAUCUCCUAUUCAGGAAGAGAGCAUACCAAUUGCUCUUACUGGUAGCGAUAUUCUUGCUAGAGCUAAAAACGGGACAGGGAAAACAGCUGCAUUUUGCGUCCCUGCCCUGGAAAAAAUUGACCAAGACAACAAUUUUAUUCAAGUUGUGAUACUUGUGCCAACACGUGAGUUGGCUCUUCAGACAUCACAGGUUUGUAAGGAGCUAGGGAAGCAUUUGAAAAUUCAAGUGAUGGCCACCACUGGCGGUACCAGUCUAAAAGAUGACAUUAUGCGUUUAUAUCAACCAGUCCAUUUACUUGUCGGAACUCCAGGAAGAAUACUUGAUCUUGCAAAAAAGGGCGUGUGUAUAUUGAAAAACUGUUCAAUGCUUGUUUUGGAUGAGGCCGAUAAGCUUUUGUCUCCAGAGUUUCAACCUUCAAUAGAGCAGCUUAUUCGUUUUCUUCCUUCAAAUCGUCAGAUUUUGAUGUUUUCGGCCACAUUUCCUGUUACUGUUAAGGAUUUUAAAGAUAGAUAUCUAGAGAAGCCUUAUGUUAUCAAUCUUAUGGAUGAACUUACUCUCAAGGGUAUUACACAAUAUUAUGCUUUCGUUGAAGAACGACAGAAAGUCCAUUGCCUGAACACUCUUUUCUCUAAGCUGCAAAUAAACCAAUCAAUCAUCUUUUGCAACUCAGUGAACCGGGUAGAAUUACUGGCCAAGAAGAUCACUGAACUUGGCUAUUCAUGUUUCUAUAUCCAUGCAAAGAUGUUACAGGACCAUCGCAACAGAGUAUUUCAUGACUUCCGCAAUGGUGCAUGCAGGAAUCUUGUCUGUACUGAUCUUUUUACCAGGGGUAUAGACAUCCAAGCAGUGAAUGUUGUUAUAAACUUUGACUUCCCCAAGAACUCAGAGACAUACCUUCACAGGGUUGGUCGAUCAGGAAGGUUUGGACACCUUGGUUUAGCUGUGAAUUUGAUCACUUAUGAGGACCGGUUUAACCUCUAUAGGAUUGAGCAGGAACUAGGAACUGAAAUUAAACAAAUUCCUCCACAUAUUGAUCAGGCAAUAUAUUGCCAAUAACCUGUGCUAGAUGCCUCUCUCUUUGCAUUCAACAAUGGCGAGUAGCAUCAGUGAUUAGCAAUGGGUUCAAGCUGUCCAAUUCAAGAUGAAAUAGCUCUGCAUCCGAGGGAAACUUCUAAGAACUAAAUAUUAAUUGUGGAAGGCUUAUGAUUGCUUUAUGCGUUUAAUCCUGGAAUGCUUUAGUUAGUUUCUGGAUGGAGUUUUAACGGAUUAUGAAAUCCCAGAUAGAUAGAUGCUUGGUCCAGUUCUGGUGUUGCGUUUGAUUUCAUUAAUGCUCUGGUUUCAUAUUAUCUGCUCUUAGUUUUCUUACUGUUGAAGAAAUGAAGGCUGUACUUCAUGGAGAUAAGAUCAGUUACUCCUCUCUUGGACUCUUCUUCCGUUAAUAAAGUCAUUAACCUAGGAAA